AGAUGAUAUUUGUAAAAUUGACCGGGAAAAUAAUAUAAUGAUAAUUAAAAAUAGUAGCAAGCAAAGUAAAAUAGUAGUUCACCAACAAAAAGUAAACUAGUAAGUAGUAACAGUUAAUAUAGUUCUAACUAACAAGCUUUUUUUUAUCAACUAUAGUAUAUUCUUAAUUAACCAAUCAAUUCACUUUGGUUUCCUAAUCCUUUGAUCAAAAUCUUAACUUCAUAUACAAAUUUCUCUGACUUUGUGCCUUUGCCUGCAUCAGCAUCUUCACUUUGUUUCUUCUUAUCGGUGCUUCCACCUUGUUCUUGAGAUUCUCUCUGCAAAGAAAAAAAAAAAACUGCUGAAAUUCAAGCAUAGAUUGCUGAAUUGCAUCAACUUACAAUUUUUUCAGUUGUGGUGGAAACUCGAAAGUGACACUUCUGGGAAUGCCGAAAAGAUGUACCUUAUUGAUUCCAUUUCUGUCUAUGAAAUCUGUAAGGUGUUAUAUUUUCUCUCACUGUCUCAUUUAAUGCUUGAAAAGAGUGAAUCCCAAAUUUAUACCUCAUACAUUAGUUAUUCCUUGAUGCACAAUUGGCACACAAGUUUUUCUAGAUUACCUGUUAUGCUAAUUCGCGAUCGGUGUGAAGACGGUUGAAAUUGAAUCUUGAAAGUUGAAACAUCUUUUUCUUAUAUGUAUGUAGAUACAAACACUUUAGUUUAGUAAAGGGUAUAGAGUUUUAAGUGUGGUUAGGAAGUUAGUGUAAAAUAUUAUACCGGUAUGGAGAAUGAUAUGAAACCGUAUGUGUUAAUGGAACAAUAUGAGUUAGGGAGGUUACUUGGUCAGGGAACAUUUGGAAAGGUUUACUAUGCACGGAGUAGGGUAACUAACCAGAGUUUCGCUAUUAAAGCGAUUGACAAAGAUAAGGUUAUGAGAGCUGGUCAAGCUGAUCGAAUCAAGCGCGAAAUAUAUGUUAUGAAAUUGGCUAGACAUCCGAAUAUUAUACAGCUUUUUGAGGUUAUGGCAACUAAGAGUAAAAUUUACUUUGUUAUCGAGUUUGCUAAAGGCGGUGAGCUUUUUAACAAGGUGGCUAAAGGAAAACUCAAAGAAGAAGUUGCACACAGAUAUUUUAAGCAGUUAAUUAAUGCGCUUGAUUUUUGUCACAGUAGAGGUGUGUAUCAUCGAGACAUUAAGCCUGAAAACAUUCUAUUGGAUGAAAAUGGGAAUCUGAAGGUUUCUGAUUUUGGGUUAAGUGCUCUUGUGGAAUCAAAUCAACAGGAUAUGAUUCUCCGUACGCCUUGUGGCACUCCGGCUUAUGUUGCUCCAGAAGUCAUCAAAAGGAAAGGGUAUGAUGGUGCGAAAGCCGAUAUUUGGUCUUGUGGAAUAGUUCUAUUUGUUUUAUUGGCAGGUUAUCUUCCUUUUCAUGACUCAAAUUUGAUAGAGAUGUAUAGGAAGAUAAGCAAAGCAGAGCUAAAAUGUCCGAGUUGGUUUCGACCGGAAGUGUGCACGCUAUUAAGCGAAAUAUUGGAUCCAAAACCCGACACUAGGAUUUCCAUAGAAAAGAUUAAGGAACAUGUUUGGUUUAAAAAUGGACCAAAUACUAGAAAUAAAAAACCAAAAGUGGAAAACAGCAGUGUCUCUUCUUCAGGUACAGUUGUUUCUGAUCAAAGUGAUGAAAACAACAGUCCAGAAGCAGAAGCAAAGGAAGUGUCGGUCGUGCCAAUUAGUAUGAAUGCCUUUCAUAUCAUCUCCCUUUCUGCUAGUUUUGAUCUUUCUAGAUUCUUUAAAGAAGAUGUUCAGAAAAAAGAAGCGAGAUUUAGUUCGAAACUACCUGCAUCGGUCAUUAUCUCGAAGAUGGAAGACGUUGCUAAGCAACUGAGGAUGAAAAUUAAGAAAAAAGCUGCUGGUUUGUUGAAAUUAGAGGGAGUCGAUGAAGGUAGGAAAGGGGUUUUAUCUAUUGAUGCUGAGAUCUUUGAGGUUACUCCUAAUUUCCAUUUAGUUGAGGUGAAAAAAUCAAAUGGAGAUACUUUGGAAUAUCAGAAAAUAUUGAAAGAUGAUAUUAGGCCUGCUCUUCAGGAUAUUGUUUGGGUGUGGCAAACUGAUCAACAACAGUUAGAUCAGCAGGAACAGAUACAUGAUCAGCAGCAACAACAGCCGCAGUCAUAACACAUUCUCAAUUUUGAGAUAUCAUGCUUAUUGUCUGCGUACAUUUUUUUUGUCGUUGCUAAAAAAAGUUUAUGCAAGUUGGGUCUCGCCGGUUCAGAGUCAAGACAGGCUUCAAGGCUCAGAAAGUGCUGACAAAGGUAUUUGCUGAUUAACCAACGAGAUCUUCAUGUCGGCAGCAGGAGUUAAACCUAUACCUUUGCAGGAUAUUUGUCAACUCCUUGCCAACUGGACUGUGUGUACAUUACAAGGCAAUGCUGUUUUCUCUUUUUCAUAAAAAAAAAAAAAAAAAAAAAACUCAAUUUUGAGCACAUACAUGAUAUAGCAUUUCAUGAUGCCAUGUUUUUUCUUUCUUUAAAUCAUGUUAAGAUUUAACCGUCUAACAUGACCUUACUGUAGCAUACUUUCUGUUUCCAAAGAACAUUUCUCAAUUUUGCUGUAUAAGGAGUUUUAUUGAACUUUUGUUCAGUUUUAAUUUGAUGAUAAUUGAGUCUUGAUGUGUA